AUGGCGACCAGUGCCGGUCGUCCCAGCACCCCACCCGCCCGCACCGUUCUGCACGACUCGCCCUUCUCCGACUAUUAUUCCGACAGUCCCUUCUCCGCCGGCCCGCAGCACGCCUCGAAGAUCCAGAGCGCCCUGCUGAACCGCCUAUCACAGCUGGCCGUCCAGGUCACCCGCGAGGAGCCGAUCGAGCCCGUCGCACAUCACGUCCAGCGUGCCCUCGACAACCUUUACGCCCUCUUCGCCGUCCCCGACACACAGACGCGCCAGCCUGCCGACCUCGAGGACUCGGGCCUCUUCAUCGAGGAUGAGAAAAGCGAAAGGGGACCCCUCGUCGACCAUGCUCCCCUCCCAUCGGUCGAGGGCAGCGUCGCCGACGAGGAACUGGAAGAUGUAUACGGCACCAUGAUCAGGAUGUCCAUGGAGCUGCGCGAGGGUUUCUUGGAGAUGAAGGACCACCAGACUGGCCUCAUGGCCGAUAUGACCAAAGUGCAAACCCAAAACGACGGCCUCAAGGCUGAGAACAAAUCGCUUCGCUCCCAAAACGGCAUCCUUCAAGCCCAAGUCGCCGCCCUCCGCUCCAAAAUCGAAUCGCUCCGCACCCAGAACCAGUCUUUGCGCACGGACCUGCAGUCCGACUUCACCGAGCUCAUGUCGCUCAAGCUCCAGCUCAUGGCUAUCGAGGUCAAGUCCGCUCUACACCUGGGCCGGGACGGCAGCGACGUUCUCAAACAGAGCAUGGAACGGUGGACCGACGAGUGGCACGAGAUGGAUGAAAAGUUUCGCGAGCGUAGGGAAAAAUUCUCCGGUGCUGUGGACCCGAAUCUCCUGGACGAGGCCCACCAGCUGGCAGCCGACAUUUCAGCGUUUCUAAAUUUGGAAGACGGGAACCUGAAGCCAAAGACAACCCGACAUCCUCGCAACCUUCCGGGCAUCCAUGCAAGAGGGUCGAGUGAUCCAUUUCCCGUGCUUGGCCGCAUCGAGGAGGUCAUCGAAAAGCCUGAAGAACCCGCCAGUGAAGCUCCUUCUAGUCUCACUUCGGAUAGCCAAUCCGACUCGGUCCCAGACCCGCCUGUUCUCGACAACGAGCAACAGGAGCCGCCGGCAGAACAGCCUAGGCCCGGCUUUCUUGCCCAUCCUCGAAAGAGCAUCUGGGAUGCUUUGUCUGACGUCACUGGUGUCGGCAUGUACGAUGACUUUUAUGAUGAGUACUCGACGACCGAAUAA